AUUAUGGUGGAUGACAGACGUGGCUCGGUCGGUUAAAUAUAUUAUGAUUUUUAUGUCUAAGUGAAAUUAUAUUUAAAAAUGUCGGAUGUUAUUGUACCGAAAGGUCAACCAGCUCCUGGAGAUCCCGAAAAAAAGGGCUGGCUGUUUAAAUGGACUAAUUACCUUAAGGGAUAUCAACGAAGAUGGUUCGUGUUGUCAAAUGGACUAUUAUCGUACUACAGAAAUCAAGCAGAAAUGGCUCAUACAUGCCGUGGUACAAUAUCACUUCUCGGUGCUUUGAUCCACACAGCUGAUUCGUGUACAUUUGUAAUCAGUAAUGGUGGCACACAGACAUUCCAUAUUCGGGCCCAUGAUGAAGUGGAGAGGCAGAGCUGGGUCACCGCUCUGGAGCUGGCCAAGGCAAAAGCUAUCCGAGCACAAGAAUCAGAUGAUGAUGAUGAUCAAAUGUCAGAUGGGCAAGUAGCAGUUGGUGGUGGGGAAGGAGGUGAAUCUGAGGAUGCUGGUGGCAUAGCUAGAGAACUGGCUGCCCGUUUCCAUGAUCUGAGAACAUGUUCUGAACUCGUAGCGAGGCAUGGCACAGCCCUACAAAGGUCCUUAGUCGAUUUGGAAGUUCCGCCCUCUGACACAACUAAGCAAGUCUCAGAGAGAGCAACAUUAUUUAGAAUAUCUUGCAAUGCUAUGAUGAAUGCAUGUUCCGAGUUUAUGAGUGCAGCGGCCGCGUCGAGCGCGCGAAUGAGUCGCGCACUGCAACACGAAAGAGAACAGAAGAUGCGACUGCAAGAGAUUGUAGAACAAUUGGCGAGGCAGCAUGACAACCUCGAGAAGACUGUCACAGCAAGGAGCACUCCUCACACAGGUGGCAACGGUUCAGGACAGGGUAACGAAACUGAGGAUGAGGAUCAUGAAUUCUUUGAUGCAGUGGAAGAGGGGGUCAGCACUGCUAUGGACGAUAAGACAUCGUUUGUAAUAAAAGUGCCUGUAAAUAGAAAAAAUAAAGUUAAAAGCGGUGAGAGUUCUGACGAAUCUGAAGGUGAAACUGUGACUGAAACGCAACAGGUAAUAUUUGUAGAAGACAAAGGUCGUGCAGAGAACAAUAUGGGUGGAACAGAAGUGAGUGCUGAUAAUGACACAACGGAAAAUAAACAACUGGACAACAAAGAACAGAAUAUCAAAAUAUGGCCGCACGUAUCAGAAGUAUCAUUGAGUACAGUGGACGGUCACCCGCGACGUGUGCGAGUUCCAGAAAAACCCAAUUACCCUUUAAGUUUAUGGUCUAUCAUGAAGAAUUGUAUAGGUAAGGACCUAUCAAAGAUCCCAAUCCCUGUGAACUUCAGUGAGCCGCUGUCGAUGCUGCAGCGGCUGACGGAGGACUACGAGUACUCCAGCAUCCUCGACCAGGCUGCCACAUUCUCAGACCCGGCACACCAGCUCGCUUAUGUUGCUGCAUUCACUGUCUCAUCUUUUGCUACUACAUCUAACAGGACAAACAAACCGUUCAAUCCUCUAUUGGGUGAGACUUACGAGUGUGAUCGUAUGUCUGAUCUGGGCUGGAGAUGUAUCUCUGAACAAGUGUCACACCACCCUCCGAUGGUGGCGCAGUUCUGUGAGGGUGCUGCUGGGUGGCAAUGCUGGCAGGAGUUCACCAUGACCACAAAGUUCCGCGGCAAGUACCUGCAGGUCAUACCACUCGGCGGUGCCUCCGCCAUGUUCCUCAACUCCGGCAACAAGUACACGUGGAGAAAGGUAACGACGACAGUGCACAAUAUAAUAGUGGGGAAGCUGUGGAUGGACCACCAUGGAGAUAUGGAUAUAGUUGGAGAAGCGGGCGCAGCUGCUGGAUACGUGGCACAUCUCAAAUAUCACGCCUAUGGAUACUUCAGCAAAGACACUCAGCGCAAAGUCACUGGUGUUAUCAAGGAUCCGCAAGGAGUGCCGCGCUACGUACUGCAGGGUCACUGGGACAGUCGUGUGGAAGUAGCACCAGUCACCAGCGCCUCAGCUGACAACACCGUCUGCAAGACUGGCAAGUUUGUACUCGCCUGGGACCGUAUCCCUGCACCACCUGACUCUGAAAAAUGGUACAACUUCACGCUGUUAGCGGCACAGUUAAAUGAGCCAGAGGAGGGCGUAGCGCCGACAGACUCACGCCGGAGACCUGACCAGCGUCUCAUGGAGGAGGGUCUUUGGGAUGACGCCAACACGGAGAAGCUCCGCCUUGAAGAGAAGCAGCGCGCCAAGAGACGGGAACUCGAGGCCGCUGCAGAGAUGGCGGCGGCGAGCGGAGCGCCCGCGCCGGAGCCCCCAAAGCCGGUGUGGUUCACCCGAGCUGCGGUACCUGGACAACCACAUCUGCGCCAUGUUUACACUCAACGCUACUGGGAUUGCAAAGCGCGCGCAGAUUGGGCAAAUUGCCCAGAUAUAUUCUAGCUCCAUACAUACACACGGCGCACGACAUUACAUGAUAAAUUUAAUUGGACGUUUUUAUAUUUUUUGCUGGCUAACCUUAACUGUGCAGUCCUCCCC